UUGACGGUGAUAGUACUAUCAUGAUAGUACUCUCAUGAUAGUCACCUCGAUUGUUCCAUCAUGAAAGUGAGGUGUUUACACGUAUUUUAAAAAAUAUCGGGAUCGUAUAUAGCAAAAUGGCCGACAGGGCAAAAAUUUGUGCAGUAGCAGCUGUUAUUGGUGAAAUAAUUAAUAAAAUUCAACGUAGAAAAAAAAAGGAAAACGAAGAAGAUAUGGGUGAGAAAAUGGAUAGCAAGAAGAAUUACACUUGGUGCUUCUGAAAGACUUCUGAACGAACUUGCUGUAGAAGAUCCGAAAAGUUUCUUAAACUUUUUACGCAUGAAUGAGGAAAUGUUUAAUACGUUACUAAAUAAAGUUUGUAGCAAGAUAGAAAAGAAUUAUACUGUUAUGCGAGAACCUAUAUCAGCAAAACUAAAACUUCAAAUAGCUUGUCGAUACCUUGCCACUGGCGACUCAUUGGGAUCAUUGCAAUACCUUUAUCGAGUGCCAAAGUGUACUAUAAGCCAGUUUUUACCAUAUGUUUUUGAUGCCAUAUACGAAGUAUUAAAAGAAUAUGUUAUGAUACCAAAAACUGAAAACGACUGGAAAAAAAUUAUAAAUGGGUUUGAAACUUGUUGGAAUUUUCCGCAGUGCAUAGGAGCAAUUGAUGGAAAACAUGUUUUAAUUCAGUGCCCUCCUAAUUCCGGUUCUCAGUACUUUAACUACAAAAGAACCUUUAGUAUUGUACUACUGGCCCUGGUGGAUCAUAAUUAUAAUUUUAUUUUUAUUGAUAUUGGGAGUUAUGGCAGCAUUUCCGAUGGUUCAAUAUUUGCUAAAUCCUCUCUUCAUCAAGCGCUUGAAAGAAACAUAUUGAACCAACCAGACGGUUCCGUUAUAUUAGGAGACGAAGCAUUUCCACUUAAGCCAUAUUUGAUGAAACCCUAUCCUCGACGAAAUCAAUUAAGUAUUGCCCAGAAAGUAUUUAAUUAUAGACAAUGUAGAGCCAGACGUGUAGUAGAAAAUGCGUUUGGCAUAAUGUCUUCGCGUUUUCGUAUAUUCAGAUCUCCAAUAUUACUUGCUCCUACCACAGUAGUAAAAUUAAUAAAAGCUACAUGUGCCUUGCACAACUGGAUAAGAAAAGUGGGAAAUGAAGUAACAGUAACAGCUGAUAUUGAAGAUCACGUGACAGGGCGAAUAAUUCCUGGAAAUUGGCGCAAUGUUCCUAGACAAAAUGGUCUGGCUGAUGUAAGAGCAGCUUUGCAGCGAAAUUAUUUGCCAGAAGCUCGACAAAAAAGAGAAGACUUAACUAACUAUUUUACAGGGCCAGGAGCACUCGAUUGGCAAUACAAAAUGAUAGAGUAGUAAUUGCGAAGAUUCAUCCAAAUAAUGAAUUAUCAUAAAUUUCUUCUAAUAUUUUAUAAUUUAGGAUAUGUCAAAAAAUAUAUAAGUAAUAUAAUUUGAUCAGCUAAGGGUGUUCAAUAUCUUAAAAGUCCUCAUAAUUCUUAUAAUUCCUUAAAAAAAUCCUAAUAAUUCCCACCAGCUUGUGCAAAUAAUAAUUCCUAGGUGGUUUAUCUCUCAAAAUCUAA